UUCUACCGAUUCAUAUCGUUAGGAUAAACUCCGUCACACGAUACUUCCUACGAGCGUUACUCCUGUGCAGAGCGCCGACCCUACGUGUAGCUCGACCGGAGUCACAUCUGCUCAUAAUUUGUCAACGUGGUAUUGAAAGCCAUGCGUUGUGUCCUACCCAGAGAAUCUUCAGGUGAUCGGGUAACUAAUUUUAAACCCCCAACGCUACUUUGGCGCCCUCCUAUACCUUAACAAAGCCUCGCUUUGCAACAAUCCCGGAAACUUUGACUGAAAGUGAAAAUUGUCCGACGCCAUGUCCGAUUCAGUCGAAUCAGAAUGGUCAAAAUCCUUCGUGUCGUCCAGCCGCUCGAAAUCGUUUCUCCCAUGCAAAUCCGAAUGUCUCUCCGGCGAUACCUCUGCUUCAACACUACUCAACGAUGAUCCACAAGUCGACCCAUCGAAUCACACAUAUAUCGGCGGUCACCAGAGCAUGGCGAUCGAACAGUUGGUGAAAUUAAAGCAAGAGCUCCGGGCCCUGGACUUGGAGUCAUUCUGGAGCCGACUGAUGGAACAUAUCACUUCAAUAUGCAAUGCUCAAUAUGGUUUUGUAGCCCGGAGAGUUCGAGACGACGAGGCUGUCAGUGAUAUGGGGGAUCACAAACCCCGCCUGUUUGGCACAGCCUUCUAUUACAAUGAUGGACAUCAGAACGUGGGAAUGCACAGGCACCGGUACUUCGCCGGAGGCAACCCCUUAUCUCAUAUGGACCAUGAGAAGCCUUGUUUGGUCCCUGAAAAAUUAGGAUCCUUGAUGUCAUUUGACCAAGACCAGCUCCCGUUCGCGGCAGAAGGCUACUUGGCUGUUCCGCUCUUUUCAGGAACCCAGUGCCUCGCCCACUUUGGUCUGAUGUGGUCAGAGUCAGGGUUACAGAAGCGGAAUCUUUCGUGGUCUUUACUUGAGAUGGUUUUAUAUUCACUGGAAGAUUUGAUUGUCCAGCGGAUCCGAGAAGAUAACAGCAAUGCAAAGGCAGAGAGAUCUUUCAAGGAUGUUAAAACCAUUUCCAAAGGCCACAAGAUAAUCGAUGAUUCAUAUUUAAGCGUCCUGCACGGGCAUCCUGACUUCUCGUCCCAGCCUCUCAAGCCCUUUGCUCGAAGCUUAUCUCACGAAUUGCGGACACCGAUGCAGGGCAUCGUCGGAAUGCUGGACGUCAUGCACGCUACUGUACGGGAGGCUAUCCAAGGCAAACCGUCUCCAAGAGCGGGAUAUGUUUUUCAGUCUCUUAAAGAAAGCAUUGAGAUGGUUCAAGACAGCGCAAGACGGGCUGUUGAAGCUGCUGAUAAUGUUGUUCAUGCCUACGAUAUGAAUAUGCAAGUGCCAAAAACACCUCAAGUAGAGCGGGACAACGACCUAUUCGGCGGGCCUGUCCAGUCACCUAUUACAAACUGCGAUAACCGACCAAACAUCUUUAAAGAUGGUUCCAACAUUGGAAUUAAUCCAUACAAACGGCGGCGAAGCAAUCCAGCUGAUUUCGGAGUUGGGUCGGCACCGAAGCAGAAAAUGCCGCGUGUUGCAGCAACGAAAGGACUUUCUCCUCGGAGCGAAGAGGUCAAGAACGCAGUGCAUGAAAGUGACAAAAUUAUUCAAGCCACACCGGCACAUCAGAUUGAAGCCGUCAUGGCCAACAUGGUGGACCCGCGACCGUCGUUAGCAGUACGGCGGUCAGCGCCGCAUCUUCUGCUGGAAGGCAUUAAUAUUAAUCUCAAGAGUCCUGCACUGCGAGUCACGAAAAUCCGCGACCUCCUCCGUCUAGUCAUCAACGAAUCGCUUCAUGUUGGUGGUCGUCCUGACUUUGCGGUGACAAAUGUGACCCAACUUGGGGAAAAGAUCGAACUUCGUUCACGGUCGUCUAACGGGGAGGUGUUCUCCAAAACGAUAGACUGGUCCGUAGACACGGCGCUGCCGGAUACGCUAUUUGUGGAUGAUCGAGAUCUCGCAAAGUUGAUUUCGUGUGUCUUCCUGAAUGCCGUCAAAUUCACCAAUAGCGGCGUGAUUACUGUCUCUGCAAAAUUGGGUCGCAAAGUCAAUGAUAUCUUGAUCAACAUUCGAGAUACCGGCCCGGGUAUCCCAGACGCUUUUCUGCCAAACCUUUUCAAGCCAUUCGCUCGGGAAGAUACAUCUACGACUAGGAGCAAAGAUGGUUUGGGGCUGGGGCUUCUCGUAGCAAAAGGCUUGGCCAGAAAAAUGGGUGGUGAUCUGAUAUGUGUUCGCUCUUCCACUUCGGGUCCUGAUCAUGGCACGGAAUUCGAGGUCAGAAUCCCGAUUACCCAACCUGAACUUUCCACUAUGUCAAUUGCUCCUACAGCGAGGCUUUUAACUCCUCCCCAGCUUAGCAACCCUUCGAGGAUGAACCAAGCCAGUAGCUCGACCCAGGAUGUAUUGUUACCACCAGAGAUGCGGACUCCAAUCCAACAGCCGUCCCCCAGUCUCACUGAUGAGUCAUCCUCGCAUACACCUAUCCAUGCUCGCUCUGUUCCUGAUGUCAAGCCUUUUGGGCGCUCCAUAAAUGGAGAUGCUUAUGAUAGCAAACUCGGGGAAAAGCACCCGCUUACCUUCCUGGUGGCCGAAGAUAACAAGAUCAACCGGCGGGUUUUGGUAAACAUGCUAAAAAGGCUUGGCUACCGAGAUGUCUACGAGGCGUGUAAUGGGAGAGAGGCUGUGCGGAUUAUGCAGGACGUUAUGGCGUCGCAGCGCCCGGAGGAAGCAACGAACGACUCCCACCCAAUAAUGAACCAUAAUAGCAGCUCGGACGACCGCUUGAUCCUCAAGCCUCCGCCAAAGCACCGGAAGAAACUUAAAUCGAUAGAUGUUAUUCUGAUGGACCUCUGGAUGCCAGAAAUGGAUGGCUACGAGGCUACCUCCAGAAUCCUGCAAUUAGUGGACCAAUAUCACGGUCAGAUCCCUCCUCAUCCUGGACCUAGCCAGCGUCCUGUGGAUUCUCAAACGACAAAGCAUAUCCGGUCUACACCCCCCACGGUUCUUGCUGUCAGUGCAGAUGUUACUGACGAAGCAUUGGGGCGUGCACAGAAAGUCGGCAUGAAAGGUUACAUGACAAAACCCUACAAGCUGACCGAUCUGGAACGCUUCAUCAUGAGCUUCUGCUGCGGCGACGCCCCAGAACAAAACGACGACUCAAUGAAUGCAUGAACUAGUUGGGUCAACUAAUUUUGGCCGCCCAUUCUAUUUUCUUUUAUUUCUUUUACUAAUCUCAUAU